ACAAAAGCAGUACCGCGAAGAAACAGUGGGUGAACUACAAGAGGUGCAGCAAGAGCGCAAGCAAGCCGAGAAAGUCGAGCAAGUCGUCGGCACAUCUUCUUCAAGGAUCAGCCUUACGAGGUGUGCAAGGACGUCUCCGGCUCCAUGCGGCUCCGCUUCUUGCAAGGUGACGUCCACAACGCUGAGUUUGACGAGAGGUCGAGGGUAGAGGCUCUCCAAGAGAUUUCUCUGGUCCGCAGCGAAAGAUCUAAGGCCGAACAGGUUGAGCAGCUUGUAGGCACGAUAUUCUUCAAGGAUCAACCCUACGAAGUUUGCUCGAACGUGGCCGGGAAGUUGAGGCUGCGCUUCCGCGAAGGAGAAGUCAGCAACGCCGAGUUCGACGAGCGGUCGAAGCUAGAGGUGUUAGAGGAACUCCAACAAGUGAGGCAGAAUCUUCUGAAAGCAGAAAAAGUGGAUCAGGUGGUCGGAACCAUCUUCUACAAGGAUCAGCCGUACGAGGUUUGUCAGGAUGUGGCUGGUCAGAUGCGACUGAUGUUCAGAGGAGAGGUUCACAACGUCGAAGCAGACGACAGCACAAUUCUGGAGAGAACUGAAGAGCUGGAACAGGUGAAGGAAGCCGUGCAGGCAGCCGAGCGCGUUGACCAAGUGGUCGGCACGAUUGUCUACAAGGACCGGCCCUACGAAAUCUGCAAGGAUCUCGCUGGUGGCAUGAAAUUACGCUUCUCGGAAGGAAACGUCUCAAACGCGGAGUUCGACUACAGAACCGUCAUUGAAACACAGGAGGAGAUAGAGCGCAUGCGCGUCGAACGGCUCGCACAGGAGCAAGUCGACCAAUCAGAUGUCGGCACCCGUUACGACAGAGAUAUCCCUCCGCCGACAAUAGGGGCAGUGAAGGCCUCAAUGGCCGAGAAGUUCAAGCGUGGAGACGUACACAAUGCUGAAUUUGACCUAGCUGAGAAAGAGCGGACAGUGGGUGAACUCAAGUUCGUACAAGAAGAGCGAGCCAAAGCCGAGCCGGUGGAGCAAGUCGUCGGCACCAUUUACUACAAGGAGGAGCCAUACGAAGUCUGCCAAGAUGUCAACACGGGCACCAUGCGCCUGCGGUUCCUUCAAGGCAAAGCCUGGAAUGCCGAGCUGCGCGAAGUCGGAAAACUGGAACUCGCAGAGGAAAUCGAGCUGGUGAAGUCGCUUAGACGCCCCACAGGAAAGCUCUUCAUCGAACAAUCCGUUGGAACCGUGUAUUUCAAAGAUCAUCCCUACGACAUCUGUAAGGACACGGCAGGAAACCUUCGUCUUCGCUUCCAGAAGGGAGACGUGCACAAUGCUGAGCUCGACCAGACGUUCCGGAUAGAGUCCAUUGAAGAGAUCGAACAAGUGAAACGAGAGAGAGCAGGCGCCCAGCCCGUCGACCAGGUGGUCGGUACGAUCUACAUCAAGGAGAUUCCUUACAAUGUCUGCAAGGAUGUCACAGGAAGCAUGAAGCUCAAGUUCCGCGAAGGCGAUGUACACAACGUAGAAGUUGACGAGCGCACGCAACUGGAAAGAAUGGAAGAGCUGUCCACAGUUAAAGAAGCCCGUGCCCAAACAGUCGUCGAAGACCAGAUCGUCGGCACAAUCUACUACAAGGACCAACCCUACGAAAUCUGCCGUGACGCCGCUGGACAGAUGCGGCUUAGAUUUCAAAAAGGGGAUGUCCAUAAUGCUGAAUUUGACCUACGAUCAAAGCUUGAAACUGUUGAAGAAAUUGAGCGAGUGAAAGAGGCGGUGCAGAGCGCCGAGAGGGUUGAGCAAGUCGUCGGCACGAUUUACUUCAAGGAUCAGCCUUACGAGGUGUGUAGGGAUACCGCCGGCUCUAUGCGGAUCCGCUUCCUCAAGGGUGACGUGCACAACGCAGAAUUCGACCUGGCAUCUCGGGAACAGGUGAUCCAAGAGCUCGCAGAAGUCAAGGAAUCCAUCGCCAGCGCCGAGAAGGUAGACCAAAUAGUCGGUACUGUUUACUUUAAGGAUAAGCCGUACGAAGUUUGUCGCGAUGUCUCAGGCGCAAUGAAGCUACGCUUCACCAAGGGAGAAGUCUCCAACGCUGAGUUCGACACGCGCUCAAGGGAACAAGUCGAGGAGGAGAUCUCCAUGGUCAAGGAAGCUGUCUCCUCCGCCGAACGUGUAGAACAAGUUGUGGGAACGAUCUAUUACAAAGACCAACCGUAUGACGUUUGCCGUGACGUCACAGGGGCCAUGCGCAUGAGGUUCCGUACUGAAGACGUCCACAACGCCGAAUUUGACACGCGCGAAAGGGAAGAGAUUGAGUACGAGAUCCAGCGCGUCAAGGAAGAGCGUGCCCAAGCGGAGUUUGAAGACCAGAUUGUCGGGACGAUCUACUACAAGGACCAGCCUUACGAGGUUUGCCGGGACACUGUUGGUCGCCUGCAGAUCCGCUGGGGACAAGGCGACGUGCAAAACGCCGAGCUCACCGAUGUUGGCAAGCUGAAACUUGCCGAGGAAAUAGAAGAGGUGCAUAAGGAACGGGCGCAUGCUGGGCGCAUCAAACAGGACGUGGGAGCAAUCUAUGACAAAGAAGCCCCCGGACCAGAGGUCGGGAAACUCAAGUGGCAAAUGCAGCAGAAAUUCAAAGAAGGUGACGUCUUCAACGCCGAGCUUGACCGCACUGAUUGGCUGCAGGCUCAACAAGAGAUUGAACGCGUUCGGAUCGAGCGCAAGGACUUCCAGCCUGAGGACCAAGUGGUCGGGACUAUAUAUUUCAAGGAUCAGCCAUACGAGGUCUGCAAAGACGUCACUGGAGCUCUUCGACUUAUGUUCCGCACAGGCGAGGUCAUACAUGCUGACUUCGACGAGUCUUUCCGCCUCCAGGCGUUGGAGGAGAUUGAGGAAGUGAGGCGGGAGAGAGCUCAGGCUCAGUUUGAAGAGCAGAUCGUCGGCACGGUGUAUUACAAAGACCAGCCUUACGACAUAUGUCAGGACCUAGCGGGAAAGCUCCGGCUCAGGUUCCUGCAGGGAGAUGUUCACAACGCCGAGCUGACAGACGUCGGGAAACUUGAGCUUCAACGCGAGAUAGAGGAAGUUGAGCGAGAGCGAGUCGGCGCGCAGCCGAUAGACCAGCGUGUCGGGACCAACUACACCCCGGAGAAACCCACCAAGGACGUCGGAAAGGUGAAGUGGGCCAUGCAAAACAAGUUCAAGAAAGGCGACGUCUCAAACAUCGAAAUCGACAGAGAGUACUACCAACAAAAGGCACAGGAAUUGGAAGAAGUCAAAGUUGGACGCUUGCAAUUCGAGCCAGUGGAACAGGUUGUCGGUACAGUGUACUACAAGGAGAUACCGUUCGAAGUCUGCAAGGAUGUCGGUGGGCAACUGAGGAUGCGUUUCAGACAGGGCAACGUCAGCAAUAUUGAAGUAGACGAAGAAACCCGAAUGAUGACCUUAAAGGAGCUUGAACUGGUCCAAGAAGAAAGGAAGAAAGCUGUCUUCGAACAGCAAACUGUAGGAACAGUUUAUUGGAAAGAUAAGCCAUAUGAAAUAUGUAGAGACACUGCCGGCAAGCUGCUGAUGCGUUUCCUAGAAGGCGAUGUCCACAAUGCAGAACUUGCCGACGUCGGUAAACUCCAACUGCAAGAGGAGAUACAAGAAGUGCAGAAAGAAAGAGCGAACGUGCAGCCACUCAACCAGCAGGUUGGCACAAAUUACACUCCAGAAAAACCGACCAAAGACGUCGGUAAAGUCAAAUGGACCAUGCAAGACAAGUUUAAGAAAGGCGAUGUCAGCAACAUAGAGAUAAACCGAGAAUACUACGAAGAAAAGGCCAAGGAGAUCGAGGAGGUUAAAGUGGGACGUCUCAACUUUGAAGCAGAAGAGCAAGUUGUAGGCACGGUGUACUACAAGGACCGACCUUACGAAGUGUGUAGGGAUCUUGCCGGACAGUUGAGAAUGCGUUUUGCACAAGGAAAUGUGAGCAACAUAGAAAUAGACGAAGAGACAAGACGGAGAGCCCUUGAGGAACUGGAGCUAGUCCGCGAAGAACGAGAGAAAGCCGUGUUCGAGGAACAGACUGUAGGGACGGUAUACUGGAAAGACAAGCCUUACGAAAUCUGUAGGGACACCACUGGCAAACUUUUGAUGCAUUUUAUGGAGGGCGAUGUUCACAACGCCGAGCUUCGCGAUGUAGGGAAGUUAGAAAUCAAACAAGAGAUCGAAGAAGUUCAAAAAGAAAGAGCAAGUGCCCAACCUCUUGAUCAACAAGUGGGAACAAACUACACUCCAGAAAAAGCUCCCGCUGACAUUGGAAAAAUCAAAUGGUCUAUGCAAAACAAGUUCAAGAAGGGAGACGUGUCUAACAUUGAAAUUGAUCGGGAAUAUUAUGUCGAGAAAGAGAAGGAACUUGAAGAAGUCAAAGUCGGACGUCUUAACUUUGAGCAAGUUGAUCAACAAGUCGGCACGGUUUACGAGAAGGACGUGGUUCCUGCAGCAGUCAAGGCUGUCAAGAAGGAAGCGUCGAGGAAGUUCAAGACAGGUGACGUCAGCAAUGCCGAACUUGACGUCAGUUCCCGGAUGGAGGCGCUCCAGGAGUUGGAGGAAGUCCGCACCGAGCGCUCGCAGAUGGAAUUCGAGCAGCAGGUGGUCGGAUCCGUCUACGAGAAAGACGUUCCUCCGCCUGAAUGCAAAGUGCGCAGAUUCGUCGCCGAGAAAUUCAAGAAGGGUGACGUGUCAAACAUCGAGAUCAACCGGGAGAUCUUCGAGCAGAAACAGAAGGAGCUCGAGGAGGUUCGUGUCGGCCGGCUGAGUGUCGAGGCGGAGGACCAGAUUGUCGGCGCACGGUACGACAAGGAGGUGAUACCGUCCAGAAUCGACACGGCCAAGGAAGCGAGGAUGAAGUUCCUGCAGGGACAAGUGUCUAACGCCGAGCUGGACGACCGGACGCGUCAGGAGGCGCUGGCGGAGCUGGAGUCGGUCCGGUCCGCCCGGCUGCAAAUGGAAGAGGUGCGGCAAGAAGUCGGCACCAGGUACGACAAGGAUCUUCCACCACCCGAGUGCAGCCAAGUCAAAAAGAUUGUAGCAGCCAAGUUCAAAGAAGGGGAUGUUCACAACGCAGAGUUGGACUUCCGUUCGAGACUCGAAGCAGAAAAGGAAAUAGAGCGUGUACUGGUGGAGAGGCAGCAGUACGAGGACGAGGUACUUCCGGUGGGUACGGUGGUGGAGAAGGAGCGUGCAGAUCUGGUGUGUAGGGACGCCUCGCGCCAGGUCAAAGGUCGCUUCAUCAACGGAGUUGUCGAGGACGAGCACGAGCACGACCCUGGCCUGAAGGAACGAGAAGAAAUCACCGAGGAAAUCCUGUUGAUCCGUCAGAGACAGCUUGAGGAAGAGGAGCGCCUGAUCAGGGAGCGGUUCGAGCGCGGCGAGAUCAUCAGUGAGGAGGUGAUCCAGAAGCUGAGGGAAUCCCGUAGGAGGAUCCAGGAGGAGAUCGAGGAGUACGUGUUGACGACUCCGACAGAGAUCCGAGUGGUGUACGAGUCUGAGCCAGUAGAAAGCGACCUGCCCUGCGAAGGUGAUAUGGAAGACGUUCCCGUGGUGCUCGGCAAGUCCAAGAACGUUCGGAAGCGCUUCGAGAGCCUGGGAGACCGGGAGGAGCUGGUCAUCAUGCACGUGCCGAAGGACAGGGUCUGGAAAGCUGUUCCUGCACGCCAGCCUGCCAAGAAACACGAGGUGGUGAAGUUGGAGAUGAUACGUAGCGCCAGGGUUCAGGUGGAGAGACCGAGCGGCCUGUCUCCGCACCAAUUCCUCCCUCCCCACGUCCCCCCAACACCGCUCCCAAGGACCGAACCACCAAAGAAAGCUGUACCUGUCCCCGAGAAGCCGCCGACGCCGCCACCGGAGAAGAAGGUGGUGUUCACUCCCAAACCUACACCCUCGCCUGCCAAAAAACACAAGGUGGUUAAAGUGGAGAUGAUACGGAACGCCAGGGUUCAGUUAGAGAAGCCGAGCGGCCAGUCUCCGCACCAAUUCCUCCCUCCCCGCGUCCCCCCUACACCGCCCCCACGGACCGAACCGCCAAAGGUGACGUUUGAAGAGCCAACCCUGGUGCCCGCAGCCGAGCCCCGUAGAGUGACGGUUGGUCCCGUAGCCGCUACCAAGACUGUGGCAAAGGCGCUCGUCGCCGAGCCAGUGAGAGGCCCCAAGACUGUGGUCACCGGGCCCGUCGUAGAGUCACGAGUAGUGGCGACCGGUGGCCGAGAUGUAUCGACCAAACGCGAGGAAAGCCGAGACGUCUCGAUCAAACGCGAUGAAACCCGAAAGAUAUUCGUCGGGCCAGCCCAAGUGACCACAAAAGUUGAAACGGUGAGGGGCGACCCGAGCGUACAGCGCCACGUGGAGACCGGGCCCGUGGAAGAGGUACGGGAGGUCAUCACGGACCCAGACGGCACCAAACGCACCAUCAUCCGCCGCCGGGUCGUCAAGACCACCAAGACAACUACCAGCACUCCCGUCAUCACCAAGCGGGUGGAAACCAAGACACAUGCGGCGAGUGCGAACGGCAUGAUGGGAAGUGGCACAAACAUGGCUGCCCCAGACUCACCCAGUGAUGAGGAGGAACUUCAGGAAUUUGGUCCGGUCUGGGGUAACUCGUACAGCGGAACAGAAAGUCACCAUGUCCUCGAAGAAGGUGACGUCAUCUUCCGGGGAAUCCGUAGCCAAGGCAACCAAGACGAUCACCCGACAAGUAUCCCCUGGGGACGUGAGGGUGGAAACACAGAUAAAACAGGCUCGUUCCCAGGAUAAAACAUCAGUAACCAAACGUACCACAUAAAGACGAAUGUAAAUGAAUUCAUAACUGUUGAUGUGCAACAUCGAUAUUUCUGAGGGAAAUAGGAAAAAAAACAAAAAACGAAACAAGAGUUCGAGAUGGACAUGUUUUCGAGAAUUUAAAAUCAGAAUAUUACGAAUGUGAAAAUGGCAGGCGUGAAAAGCAGUUAAACGACACGGCAUUCAAUAGAUUGGUAAACUAGUAAUUUAUGUCAAGGAUUUUACCUCCUUGAAUAUAUUAAGGGCGCUGGCACAAUAUUUGCCAUACUAUUUGAAUUGAUAUCUUGCUAUGAAGUUCUUCCCAACGCAAUUUGAAAAAGCAACGAAGUGUUUACAUCAUGGAUCAUAGAAUGUCUGUUUUUCAUAUGGAUAUACUGAGUGGAUUAAUAAUUACCAUUUUCUGCGUAUUUAGCUCAUAUAUCAAUAGGCUGCGUGUUCAUUUCUAUCAUCUUGAAACCAAUGUAUUACAAAUAUGAUGAUCAUGAUGAUGAUAAAAGCAAGGUAUCUAGCCACCCACUGGAUUGCCACCUAGGUGCGCCACCUAGCGCACGUCUAUGCAAAUGCAAUGCUGUAAAACCUACCGACAUGUUCGGGAUAAUCGUUGAUGGUUUAUGUUUUUCAUAGGGAUGUGUUUUUACAAAACUUAAUAAAACUGCGGUUACGAAUUCUGCAUGAAACAAGUUUGCAACAGUCAAUGAAUGAAAACUGCAAUUCCUGGGCUUUUUUAAUCGUAAACUUCAUGCUAGACGAAACAAAAUGAAUAGGCGAAAACAGAAUUCAUAACCAUCUGAGUGAAACUAGCUUUUGUGAAAUAUGUCUAAACAAGGUUAUGUCGAGUGCAACGCAGCAAAUAAAAAAUAAGUAUCGAAAGGCUAUGGUGUGAUAUAAAACGUAUGUAUGCUACAAUACAAACCAUUUUGCUUUAUGUAUAUCCAGUAUGUGCAAUAGGAUUUAAUGAUUUACCUUACGUUUAACAUAUUCUAUGCUACAACCAAACUGCUGAUAUUAAGUAACUCGCUAGAUGGAGCGGUAGUGUGCUGUUGUCAUUUUCCUGUUGUUGAAGUAAACCCGAAUUUGCUUUCAGUGCUGAAGUACACGACAUUACUACUGCUGAGCUUGUUAAGGCAGUUUCAAAAAUAAAAUCGACAACUGAACUGUCGACAA